CCAGCGAAAACGCUGUAUUAAUUAUUUCUUACACCGGUUACGAACUGCAGGAAGUGCCGGUUAAGGAGGUUCGCACUUUCUUGAUCAGGAUGGUCCCAUUCGCGAGAGCGAUGGACAGUGUAAUUGUUGUGGGAUACGGACGUCAGAAAAAAGAGAGUGUUGUCGGAGCAAUCACCCAAACUACAGGUGCUGUGUUGCAAAGAGCAGGGGGUGUAUCAAACAUCGGGGCUGCCUUAACGGGUAAUGUACCAGGGGUUAUCACGGUGCAGGGAACUGGUCUUCCAGGUGCUGAAGAUCCCGCAAUUUUUAUUCGGGGGCAGGGAACAUGGAAUGGUAGCCAGCCGCUGAUACUGGUUGAUGGUAUCGAACGCGCAUUAAGCGGGGUAGAUAUCGCUUCUGUUGAAAACAUAUCCAUCCUUAAAGAUGCAUCCGCCACUGCGGUAUUCGGUGUGAAAGGUGCCAAUGGUGUCGUUCUUAUUACAACCAAACGUGGCAGUGAAGGCAAGGCGGCUAUUAAUGUUAUCGCUAAUGUGACAUCAAAAAUACCUUCCCGCCUUCCUCAAAAAUAUGAUGCAUAUGAUGCUUUGCGUAUCAGGAACCUGGCAAUUGAACGCGAGUUGGAGAUCAAUGGAGCCUAUAACGGUUCCGACCAGUUUGGUCCGGAUUUCAGAUUUGACUUUUUCCCAUCUGCUGCCAUAGGUUGGACUAUUACCAAUGAAAAGUUCAUGGACAGGCAAACAGUUAUUGGUAAUCCUGACCUGCGUUGGGAGACAGUGGCAAAGACUAACAUCGGUCUCGACUACUCUAUAUUACGUG